AUGGCUAAUGGUCCGCCUAUACGUGUGCUGUCCGUACUGGACCCGUCCAUGCCGCAGAAUUUCAUCAGACCGAAUAAGAAGAUCCAUGAAUCCGACGAUGUAUCGGCUUUCCUGACCUCGAAAGCAUACACUGACAUCAUGACCUGGAUAUUACAACUCAACCGAUCAAUGUUUCCGCUGAAGCUACCGGAUAAUACAAUUCAACCCUGGAUAAUCAACAGCGACGCGAUUCAAUAUUCCGCCCCGAUCCGCCAAUUGCAGCGACUCCUCUUGAAACUCGAAGAUAUCAUAGCAGAGGUCCCCCCGGACACCGGCCCACGCAGAUUCGGAAAUAUAAGCUUCCGGAGGUGGUGUGAUAUUGUUGAAAGCCGCGCAUCCGAUUUAUUGAAAGAAUGUCUACCGGUCGAACUCUUGCAGCGAGGAACCUCCAAUGCGGACAGCACGACAGCAGAGACCGAGUUGAAGGCAUACUUGUUGGGCAGUUGGGGGAGUGGACAGCGCUUGGACUACGGCACAGGCCAUGAAUUGAGCUUUCUCGCUUUUCUUGGUGGAAUCUGGAAGCUGAACGGCUUUCCCAAGGCUGAUCCAGGCGUGGAGGAGCGAGCCAUUGUCAUCGGGGUAGUUCAUCCAUACCUGGAACUUGUCAGAAAACUUAUUAAAACAUACAACUUAGAACCUGCUGGCUCUCAUGGUGUCUGGGGACUUGACGACCACUCUUUCGCUCCUUACAUCUUUGGUUCUGCCCAGUUCUCGCCUGCAAUCAAUGAAAAUGACCUUACCCCCGAAGAAGGCUCACUACCUAAUGCCCCGGACCCAGGAGAUGUUGCUAAGGCAAAUAUCGUUGAGAGAGAACGCCAAACUAACUUGUAUUUCGCUGCAAUUGGGUUUAUCUAUGAUGUGAAGAGAGGGCCAUUUUGGGAGCACAGUCCCAUGCUAUUCGAUAUCUCUGGUAUUCGAGCCGGCUGGGGAAAGAUUAAUAAGGGAAUGGUCAAGAUGUACAAUGCGGAGGUUCUUUCAAAAUUCCCCGUGGUACAGCACUUCCCCUUCGGCUCUCUAUUUACUUGGGACCGCGAUCCAAAUGCUAUUCCGCCCCCUUCCACUAUUCACACAACCUCCGGUCCCCAGGCACGUCCGGUUGCGCCGGAUCAAGGUAUGCCGUCUGUUGCUGCCAUGCGCCCCGUGCCUGGAGCUGGCACUCAGGCUCCCUGGGCUAAGCCUGGGGCUGCAUCGCCUGCUCCUCCGAUGGGCGCAACAGCAGCUCCUUGGGCUGGGGCAAGGAGAGAUGGUCCCACCGGUUCCUCAACGAGAAUCCCCCCUACUCUUCCUGAUACUUCAAGGAUGCCUCCAGGUCCUAUGGCUCCUUCUAGAGCACCAUGGGCAUCGGCGUCCUCACAGCCUGCACCUUCAUCUUCAGGGGCAAGUGCUGAUGCCCAGACCAAGGCGCCCUGGGCGAAAUGA